AUGACGCAACACUCUCACCGCCCUUCGUCUUCGUUGAAGCAACGAAACAAACCGUUCAAGAAGGGGUCGGCAGCCCCGGUGUCUGCGUCAGCGUAUCGCGAGGCACAGAAACGUAGGGAAGCGGCUCCAGGCAUCACAGCGUCUCUUCGGCCCAUCAACAAGCAACAGAGAGCGUUGGAGACGAAGCAGAAGCGAUCGCGACAACUUCAGCACCUGCAGCAGCUCAAGCUUUCUCUGCGAGGGGCGGCGGCGUGCGGCCACGCGGCCCUUCCGCCCCGGGUUGUUCUGAUUGUGUCCUUCGAUGAACGUACAGACUCCCGCGUCGUGUUUGCAGCACUGGCUCGCCAGCUGCGCCAAGACCUGGCGCUGCAGGAUACUCACUCAAGCGCCCGCUACAAUCCAGCGGACCCGCAGUCCGACUUGACUACGGCCCUUGUGUCGUCCUUUUGCCGAGCGGGACCGGCCUCGAGUCCUCUGAAUGCAGAGGCGCACACGAGCGACCCUUCUGUCUCAUCUUCCACCUUCCUUUUCCCUCUUCCUGGCUACGCAAGAUGCCCGACGCUUCCGCUCCGGUCCCAGCAGCGGGUGCUGCUUCUCCCCGCGCCCUCACCGAAAAACCUUCUGCCUUUGCUCGACCUCUGCAAAUGUGCAGACCUGCUCUUGUGUGUUUUCUCGGGCGAGUGCACCUACACGCGUCCAGCGUUCGACGAGCAUGGCUACCGUUUUCUGACUGCCCUGAAGCUGCAGGGCGUUCCGCCGGUGGUCGGGGUCGGCUCACCCACUGCGCUGCAGACUCAAAUGGACUUCCUUUCCGGACCAACGAGUUCUUCGCCUUUCGCCGCAGGCAGCAACGACACAAGCACGACCUCAGAGGCCAUGGACACCUCAGAUGCUUCGUCGAUGAGCCUCGACACCCUCCACCCGAAGAGCGGCGGCGGCAAGGCGGGGAAGAAACAAGCCGCGGAGAGCCUCAGGUUCCAGCAACGCUACUUCACCUCUGAGUUUGGCUCCGAUAAGAAGUUCUGCGCUGUCGCCCUCCCCUCGGACUGGCAGAAGGUCGUUCGCACGAUUGGUGGCGCCAAUGUCCCGCAGGACGUCGCGUCGUCGUCUCCAGCCGCGGCUUCGCUCAUGAACGCGGGCGCAGAUCUUCAGUGGCGCAGAGGCCGAGGGUACAUGCUGGCGCUAGACUGGGACAUUCUCACGCGCGCUCAGCUGCAAGCACAGAUGGGCGGAGAGCCGAGCACGGCCGAGCAGCAGACCCAGGAAGGCAGCGAGGACGACGAGGCCGAGGAGACCUUCUUGCAGGCCUACGGAUUCGUCAGGGGCGUGGGCAUGACGUGCCGGUUGCCGAUCCACAUCACGGGUGUUGGCGAUUUCAUUGCCGAGCGCAUUGAAGCUGUUUACGAACACGACUUGCGGCGAGACAAACGAAAAGUCUCCGCAGCGGCUGCGAACGGCGUGGGAUGCCAGUUCGCGCCUCGCCAGGAGGACUGCGAAAUGCAAGCCGGGGACGCCUCUGGGGGCCAUGGAAUGAAUGCCGAUCCCAGCGAGAACGGCAGUGGCGAUUCCUCUGCCCUCCAUCGCUUGGAUGAAGAGAGUUUAACCCCGGCUGAGAGAGCGGAGCUGCUGGCGAGUAUGCGGCCGCUGCAGCCGUUUGAUUCGACAACCCUCGAGCAGACUUGGCCAACGGAGGCUGAGCUGCAGGAAGCUGCGGAGACAAAAGAGAAAAAGAAGGGAGGCAAGUGCCGCCGAAUCCGGGUGCCGAAGGGCAUCUCCGAGUACGAGCGCAUUUGGUACGAAGAGGAAGUCGACGAAGACGAGGCCGAAGACCACGCGGAGAGGGACGAGGAAGAAGAGGAAGCCGUGGAGAUGGGCUCCGACGACGAAAAAGACGACGACGAGUGGCAGACGGAGGAAAUCGCCGAGCAUCCAUCCGAUGCAGGCGACAUGCAGAAAGAAAAAGAGGAGCAAGCGAAGAAGCGCAACUUCACGAUUGAGCAGAGAGCGGCUGAGGACCUCCAGUUCCCUGAUGAGGUCGACACGCCGCUGGAUGUCGAGGCGCGGGUUCGGUUCCAGAAGUAUCGCGGCCUGAAGAGCUUCAGGACGUCCUUCUGGAACAAGGACGAGGAUCUACCGGUCGCUUACGCACGAGUCGUCGAUUUCGAGCGCUUUAAGGCUAUGAGCGCUUUUGCGCGAGGCGAGCUGCGGCGCCUGUGCAGCAGCAACGCGUUCCACGGCCGAUUUUGCCGAGUGACGAUUCCUCUGCACUUUCAUCCGGCCAUGGAGCAGCUGAGCGGGAACGGCGGUAUCAUCCAGCGGCGAACAGAUAAGGGAUUCCUCAUUCUCUCGAGUCUGCUACCGUACGAGUGCGCUGUCUCCGUCGUGCACAUGCAGCUGACGCGAGGCGGAACCUUCGAAGGCCCAGUUAAAGGCAAAGACGAGCUGCUAUUCAACUGCGGCUUCCGAAGAUUUGUCGGGCGCCCGGUCUACAGUGUGGACCGAGGUAUCUCAAACACCGGCAGCCACAUGGACAAGGCGAAAAUGCUGCCUUUCUUCCGCUUUGGGACGUCCUGCGUCGCUUCGCUCUACGCGCCUACGCUCUACCCGCCGGCGUCAGUUGUCGUGUUUAGGCGAACAGAAGACAGUGCGCAGCCGUUGCAAGUCUGCGCAUGGGGAAGCGUGCUCAACAGCAGCAGCAAUCGUCUCAUCAUCAAGAGAAUUGUGCUGACUGGCUACCCCUUCAAGGUGCAUCGCCGGAAAGCUGUUGUGCGUUUCAUGUUCUUCAACCCCCGAGAUAUCCGGUGGUUUGCGCCCGUUGAGCUCCACACAAAGAAAGGACUGCGAGGCAACAUUAUGCAGCCGCUCGGAACUCACGGCUACAUGAAGUGCAAAUUCAAUCAAUACGUCAAACAGGAUGAUACGGUGUGCAUGUAUCUCUACAAGCGCGUGUUUCCGAAGUGGCAUCCGCCGACGUGGGGCGGCAAUCCGGCGCUCCUCCCCACCGACGAAAUCCAAAAAGCGAACGAUGACAGAGACAUGGAGAUGCCGUUCAAGCAGUGGUAUUUCGCAACUUUCCACGGAAUAUCGUAUUCUCAGUAUCUCUGCGCCGUGAGAGCCGUCCAAUAG